UAUGCAUAAACGUAUUUGCUGUAGUCUGCUCGCUAGCUCGUUAUAGGAUAGACAAACAAAUAUAAUUUGCCGUUGGAAAAUAUGGCUUCGAAGAAUCAUUCUUUCGAUUCUGACUGCAUGACAUUGACAAGAUUCGUACUUGCUGAACAACGAAAAAUACCAACCGCUACGGGGGAUCUAAGUCAGCUUCUAAAUAGUAUACAAACUGCUGUAAAAGCAGUUAGUUCAGCAGUUAGAAAAGCCGGUAUUGCAAACAUGUACGGGAUAGCUGGAAGUCAAAACGUUCAGGGGGAGGAGGUGAAAAAAUUGGAUGUGCUAAGCAACGAGUUGUUCGUGAAUAUGUUGACGUCUUCUUUUACGACCAGCCUCCUUGUAAGUGAAGAAAAUAUGAACGCGAUCGAGGUGGAAAGUGAAAAACGCGGGAAAUAUAUCGUGUGCUUCGAUCCCUUGGAUGGAUCCUCCAAUAUCGAUUGUUUAGUAUCGGUUGGUUCUAUAUUUGGAAUUUAUAAGAAACCGAACGAGCUAAGAGAGCCCGCAGUGACAAAUGCUUUACAACCGGGUAAAAAUUUAGUCGCCGCUGGAUACGCACUUUACGGUUCUGCAACCAUGAUAGUACUUUCGAUUGGCCACGGAGUUAAUGGCUUCACUUACGACCCGGCGAUUGGAGAAUUUAUUUUGACUGAGAGAAAUAUACGCGUGCCUUCGAGAGGAGAUAUCUACAGCAUUAAUGAAGGACACGAGAAUGCUUGGGAUGUAGCUAUUAAGGAAUAUAUCCGUUCGAAGAAAUAUCCUAAGAAUGGGAAACCAUACAGUGCAAGGUAUGUGGGUUCAAUGGUCGCUGAUGUGCACAGGACAAUAAAAUAUGGAGGGAUAUUUCUUUAUCCAGCAACUAAAAGUCACCCAAGUGGCAAGCUGCGUCUUCUGUACGAGUGUGUUCCAAUGGCAUACAUAUUAAAAGAAGCCGGUGGUUUGGCGUCAAAUGGAGAAACUGAUAUUUUGGAGAUCAUUCCUGAAAAAAUUCACCAAAGAUCUCCGAUAUUUUUGGGAUCGCAGGAAGAUGUGCAAGAAGUCUUACAGUACAUUCGAAAACACAAAACAUCGUGAACGGCGGGCAAUGAAAAUAAUCGAGCAAUGAAAAAGUGUUUGGAGUUUUUUAUUACAAGACACAACUCGCUUAUACACUGAAAGUCUAUACAUUAUAUGUAUAUUGUAACUCAA